AUGGCUUCCAACAUACAGACCCUCCGGUUCCGCAGGCCUGAAAAGAAAGAGAGCACUCCAGCUCCCAAACCCAAGAACAGGCAUGCAGGCAUAUUACAAGACACCCUUCGCAGGUCCCAGAAGGGCCCACUUGUGCCUAGCUUCUCUGUUGCCUUCAGGGUAUUCCUCCUGAUCAGAGUUGCGAAUGCGAUGUACGCCAAUAUCCAGGACUGCGAUGAAGUAUUCAACUUCUGGGAGCCUCUUCAUUAUUUGGAUCGAGGAUAUGGAUUUCAAACAUGGGAGGCAUCACCGGCGUUCUCUAUUCGCAGCUGGGCGUACAUAUUGCUGCAUUUGUUUCCGGUAAAGCUGGUGACGCUCAUGAUUGGACCCGAGAAGAGACCGGCGUUCUUUGCUGUCCGAAUAUUGCUAGGAGCAAUUUCAUCCGUUUGCGAAUCAUACUUCUUCAGGGCAGUGGUGGAGAAGGUCAACUAUCGCACUGGGCGGUACUUGUUCUUUAUCCUACUUUUUAAUGCAGGAAUGUGGACGGCUUCCACUAGCAAGUAUUUCGCAAUAGAGAAAAAUUCUUAUACUAAUUAUUACGGUACAGGUUUCCUUCCCUCGUCGUUUGCCAUGUACGCGAACAUGCUUGCGUUCUCAUUUGUUUUCGAGCCAACGAACAAUGCUAAUCUGCGCCGAACCCUUCUCGCUACAUUGGCGUUCGCUACCGGAGCUAUCGUGGGAUGGCCCUUCUCAAUAGCUGUGGCAAUUCCGUUUGUCUUUGAGGAGCUUUUUAUGUACGGGACAGAUAAGGUCACACCGGAAAACAGAACGUCUUGGGUAACAACUCGAUGGCUCAGAAUGAUUAAGAGCGUUGCCGUUGCGGCAUUACUAGCAAUCCCGGUAGUUGCGUUGGAUACUAUCUUCUAUGGCAAACUUACCACUGUUCCAUGGAAUAUCAUAAAAUACAAUGUCUUCCCCGACGAAAAACACGGCCCUAAUCUCUAUGGUACCGAACCGACUCAUUACUAUGUCUCGAAUCUUCUCCUGAACUUCAAUGUUCUGCUUCCGCUCGCACUGGUUUCGCUCCCGGCGCUCGGCAUUACUUACAUGUUCGACCGUAAGCGCCUUGGGGAACGUACUAUCUUCGUCGAUCAGAGUUCGCCGUUUAGACUGCUUGCGACGAGGCUCUCCCCGGUUUACGUCUGGACAGCCAUUAUGACGGCACAGAGUCAUAAGGAGGAACGCUUCAUGUUUCCGAUCUAUCCGCUAAUUGCCUUCAACGCAGCUGUCACGAUCUUUUUGAUGAGAGGAUGGCUGGAGACUAUCUUCAUCCAUGUCACCAAAUCUCCUUACAAGGCUUCUCAAACGAUGAUUUUCAGCCGCCUCACGCUUUCCAUCGUAUCUGCUUCUUGCAUCCUUUCCAUGUCGCACAUCAUGACCCAAUGGAAAUACUACCAUGCGCCGUUAUCUGCAUAUCAUGCUCUUGAGGCGGAGGAAAUUCCCCGUAUACUCAACACGACUGGACACAUCUACAUUCCCCCCCUCUCUGAUAGACCCCGUCGCCUGGACGAUGAUGAUCAUCCGCGGAUCGAUCCUGCGCUUGUGGAAGCACUGGGGCUGCGUCUCUGCGUCGGUAAGGAAUGGCAUCGUUUCCCUGGGCAUUACAUCGUGCCGGAAGGCGUGCGUGUGGACUGGAUCAAGAGCGAAUUUAACGGCAUGCUCCCUGCCCAUUUCAUCGAGACACCGAAGGCGUGGGGUCUACCUGCGAGGAUGCAAGGCACGAGGAUGACUCCGGUUGGAUUAAAUGAUCUGAACGAGGAGGCGCCAGAGUUCUAUGUGGAUGUUUCACAAUGCGACUACCUUGUAGAUUUGGACUUCCCGUUGCACCCGAUUGAGUCGGCUCACGAACCGCGAUAUGCAACCGACGAAGCGACAUGGGAUCGGGUGACGUGCUUCCCGUUCCUGGAUGCGCGGUACUCUUCCCUUUUGACGAGGACGUUGUGGAUGCCUGGAUCGAAAUGGCAGGAGAGGAAUGAAUUUGGCGACUAUUGUCUACUAAGGCAUAGGGAAAACGUGAAGAUCAAAGAGGAGAUGAUGAAAUCACGGGUCAUUUAG